AUGGAUGAGCUCAAGGAGCUGAAGAAGCAAGAAAAGCAGUUGCAUGGAUCCAUCAAGGCUUUGGCGCGUUUCGUCGAAAGAUUCCAGAGGGAUAGGCAGGAAAACCAAAUCGAUGUUCGGCUGGAGACUCUGGAGAACGCUAUGCGUAAAUUCUACACCGUUCGCCGAAAAAUAGAACUGGUCAUCGAGGAGGAGGAUGAAAAACCCGAAGUGAAAGGUUCCGUCGAGGACCGAGCGCUGCGAAUGGAGGCGCUAGCAGUGAAACGUGAAGACGAGUUCGAUGAAGCUAUACGUGUUGUUGAGGAGCAAUAUUACGAAAUAAAGUCAGCUUUGAUUGCAUUGCGUCCGAAGAAAGUCGAUCCUAUUAGGCAGCCAAAUGCAGUUGAUAAUGCAAUUACUGAUCAGCCAGUUUCCCGAGUAAAACUCCCAGACAUCAAGCUUCCGUCAUUCAAUGGGAAAAUCAAGGAUUGGACAAGCUUUCGCGAUACUUUUCGCAGCGAAGCAUUCCAGGAGAUAAACUCGGUUGACCUGUCGGCCGAUAACUAUGAGGUGGCCUGGAAGGUGCUGGAGAAAAGGUACGAGAACAAGAAACUGAUCGUCAAGGCCCAUCUGGAUGCGCUUUUUGCUAUUGAACCGAUGAGGAAAGAAAACUGCGAGUCACUAAAUCAUCUGAUCAGUGAAUUUGACAAGAAUCUGCUUAUGUUACAGAAAAUUGGAGAGCAAACAGAUAAUUGGUCGACUAUUCUCGCACAUAUGAUGUACACUCGUUUGGAUUCGAUGACUCUUCGACAGUGGGAGUCACACCAUAACUCCAAGGACGUUCCCAAGUAUGAGAGUUUGAUGGAGUUCCUGAGGGACCAAUGCUCGGUUCUUCAGUCUAUUGCUCCUAAUAAAUCCAACGACGGUGAAGGAAGACGACCAAGGUUAUCCCUCACGCAUACUUCGUUGCAAUAUCAACGCCGGUGCUUAUUUUGUGGUGAAUCGUUCCAUUUACCUUUCAAGUGCAACAAACUACAAGGAAUGUCCAUAGCUCAACGUGUUGAAGAGGUCAACAAAAAGCGUCUGUGUAGAAACUGCUUGACGGUGGGUCAUUUCGCUGAAGGCUGUACUAGAGGCUGUUGCAACCGCUGUGGUAAACGACAUCAUACUAUGCUUCAUUUCGAGAGUUCAGCAUAUGUUGUUCGCCAGUCUAAGCCCUCCCAUCCACAAGCUAAUCCUCCCUCCGUCCCACAGCCGCCUGUUCGGACACAAGCAACAAACCAACAACAACAAAACCACAGCCGCUCGAAAUCGCAAAACCAGACACAAACAUCACUCACUCAGCCAGACGCACAAGCACAACCAACAACUUCAUACCCCGUGAUCCAAUCUCGCUCACAACACACUCACCCACAACCCCCCACACAACAAAACACAGUCGCCCUUAAAGCAGUGGAACUCCCACGCUCCAAUUUUGAACCAACAGUUCGUCAAGUGCUGAUGUCAACAGCAAUCGUUCGAGUCAUAGAUCAGCGGGGAAAUACUGCGUUCGCCAGAACACUGCUGGAUUCAUGUUCGGAGUUUUGUUACAUGACCAGCAGCUUUACCAAGAAGUUAAAGUGCCGCGAAACUCCUGAUUUUCUGAAGGUACAAGGAAUUGGUAACAGCAGCAUAAUGUCGACCAAGUUUGUGGAGGCUAACGUUCAACCAAGAAGCCCGUCUGUAUCGUCGUAUGAAGCAAAAAUGCAGUUCCACGUGUUGCCGAGAAUCUCACCAACACUUCCGCUCAAGCCAGUUCAGGCCGAUCUGCUGAAGUUUCCUGCGCAGCUGUUGUUGGCGGAUCCAAGAUUCUGGGAGCCCGGUCCGAUCGAUAUGAUAAUUGGAGCGGAAUUCUACUUCGACCUACUGUUGCAAGGAAAGCAGAAAGUGUCUGAAGAUGGUCCAACGUUACAAGAGAAAGUAUUCGGUUGGGUAGUGUCUGGGAAGGUUCCAAAUCGGUCAAAUAGUAUACCCACAACGACAAGCUACGUCAGCUCAACUAUUGACCUACAGGAGAUGAUCGCAAAGUUUUGGGAACUGGAGACAUGCCAUGUGAAUAGAACUCACUCUGUUGAGGAGACAGCUUGCGAAGAUCUGUUCAACAAAACGACGUUUCGCGAUCAAAAUGGCAAGUUCGUGGUGACUCUCCCCAGGAAAGAACAUGUAAUCGAACGGUUGGGAGAUUCCCGCAAUAUCGCUAUGAAACGGUUCAUCGGACUGGAGAAGCGUUUCAGUAUCAACUCGGCUCUGAAGGCGAUGUACAAAGAAUUCAUCCACGAGUACAUCCUGAUGGGCCACAUGAAAGAGGUAAAUGCGGAGCAAAGGUGCACCGAUCCUGUGUAUUAUAUGCCGCACCAUGCAGUAUUGCGACCCGACAGUACAACUACCAAGCUGCGAGUUGUUUUUGACGCAUCGUGCCGCACUUCGACUGGAGUCUCACUUAAUGAUGCACUGAUGGUGGGACCAGUUGUCCAGGACGAUCUGAUGAGCACUAUUCUACGAUUCCGUCGUCAUCGCAUCGCAGUCAUUGCUGACGUUGCUAAAAUGUAUAGGAUGGUUCAGGUCCAAGAGGUAGACAAGCAUCUGCAACGCAUCCUUUGGAGAGACACGCCGGAAGAACCGAUCAAAACUUUCGAACUGCAAACCGUCACCUACGGCACCGCCAGUGCACCAUAUCUAGCUACGAGAUGUUUAAAGAAGCUUGGAGAAGACAGUGUAUUGACACAUCCGAUCGCAGCUCGAGUUGUACAGGAGGAUUUUUAUGUCGACGAUAUGUUGUCGGGAGCCGACAGCACUUCCGAAGCAAAAAUGUUGGUGACUGAGGUCAUGCAGCUAACCGACUCGGCUGGAUUCAUUUUAAGGAAGUGGAACUACAGCGCUUCUGUCAAACCUUCCAAGGCAUCUAUGCGAUGA